AUGCAUGAAAAGCUGAGAAAAUGGAACGAACGAUGGGUGAUACUUGAUCCAACAACAGGGAAAAUGGAGUACAAGAUAAGACGAAACGAACCAACUAUCAAAGGAACAAUUGUGUUUGACGAAAAUAGUACAAUCAGCAUCUCUCCUGUCAACUUCCAGGGGCUUCCGAAAUAUAAUGGUUGCUGUAUCUAUAUCGGUACCCCACAGAAGAAAGAUUACUUUUUGUGUGCAGAGACUCCUGGUGCAGCUAGAGCUUGGGUUACAACUUUACAUGCGACACAACUAGUUCUAAAGGCGCACAAAGAGGCUGUUGAUUCUCUUAGCGGGAGUGGUUCUGCGACGCUUGGUACGGUUGCUACCGUUGUUGCCGCUGCCAAUUCAACGGCAUUGGAAUGUUCCAAAGAAAUCCAAGCAGCAAUGCAAGUCUCUCUGAGGACUGCGUUGAAAAUAACGGCAAAUAAACCGAUGGAUGGACCACUAGAUGAUUUGACGAUAAUGAAGGACCUUUUAGCGUAUGUGAAUAUGUUACAAACCCAGCUUCAAAGGCAGCAACUAGAGACGAAGCAAGUGUUUGAGGAGAAGACUGAAUCUACUAACGGCGAAACAUCUCUUCCAAUGACAAAGGAAACAGAAAAGGAUGUGGACAAAGCAUGCCUGAGCAUUUCAAGAACAGCCUCUAUACCGGGAGAGAAUGUAGUACAUAUGAGUGAAGAUCAGGUCGUAAAAGCUCAGCCUCCGGUUGGAGAGAGCGAAUGGAAUGAUAUUCAGGCAACAGAGGCAAGAGUUUCUGAUGUAAGAGAAAUAUCUGCAGAGACUGAACGGGACAGAAGUAACAGCUUGGAUAUCUCGGUAGUAACUCCUGAAUCUAAUGUUCCACGCAAUGAUCUGCCUCCAGAAUCUUCUUUUCAUCAUCAGCCUUGAAUGAUGAAUGAUUGGUAGAGAUCUUCGUACAUUAUUUAUAUACUCUGAGAUGUUUUCGUAAUGUUUGGAGAGUUGAUUGUUCUAACAAAGAAAAAAAAAAGUUGCCUUUUGGUUUUCCUGUGCCUCAAGAGUUGUCUAUGUAUCGGCAACUCUUGAGUUUCUAUCUGACUAGGGAAGGAUUCGUUUACUACAACAUGAAGAACAAAGAGAUGUGUUUAAACUUCAAACUGUUGGAUGAUGUUGUUUUUGGAUUCAUAUGAAUGAACACCAGUUUCAAAUUUUUAUAUAAGUGCAAUAUUUUUAUUGAGAUACACGUUUACGA